AUGGAAAGACAAUUUAGAUCAAGGGCAACGAGGGCGCUUGAAAUCCUCCAGCCUGCUCUGCCACCAACGCCAGAACCGGGACAGCCAGUUCCGAUUCAUGUCCGGCUUCAUUCACACUGUGGUGCCUGUGGAUUAUUGUUUGAGCCUGGUGCCAAUAUCACCGCUUUGAAACAUCAUGGGAGUGCCCUCAUCAGAAUUAAUGCUCGGCAAUACCCAGAGCCCGGAGCUCCAACCUUCCCAGAGUUCCAGGAUGGCCCUGACGCAGACAGGCGUUAUCAAUUUUGCCGCCUGGGAAGCUGUCCCAUCUGUGGUGUCAACGGUGAGAGCAUAACGUGCCAUUCCGAUUGCUUCAACCUUUGGAUGAGAACAAUGGGAAAUGGUGACGGCCUUUACAAGCUGUGGGUUGCAGCCACUUGGAGAUAUCCUUGGGUUAAUAGCCCGGUGUUGCGCUUACCCCCCUGGGAUGAACCCGCCAGUUAUAUGGGCUGUGCAACGGACGUAUUGGAGUAUCCUGAUCUUGCGAGGCUUCCACUUGAGCUAAAGGCAGCUAUUGUCAAGUUCAGCGGCCCAACUGAGAUUGGGCGCUUCGCAUCAGUCCUUCAACUGAUGAGCGACAUGGCCGCAGACCGACCAUUUGUCGCCACUCUUCCCCUUGGCAGUAUAAAGUACUGGAAUCGAGGUAGCCGACCAAGAAUAUUCCAUGCUAGUAACGGUGAAGUAGUCCAACUCAUCAUUGACGCUCGAGGACUCAUGGAGAUUCGCUGGGUUACGAAGCCGAUGGAGGACUUUACAGUCCGCUCCGAUGACAUGCUUUACAUCACUGGACCCAUCGAGCAAUUCUCGAGGAUCGAAGUUGCUUUCCAGAAUGGCCUUGCUCGGUUGAAACUUCCCUUUCGACAGGAGAUCGACCUUUGGGAUUCUCCUGCCACCCUCCGCCGUGGAACAAUAAUCUCGGGGGAUGAGCCCGCGCACCCCUCGCAUCUUAUGUACAAGAUGCCUAUCAGUCGCUUUGCCACUCUCGAUCUCCGGCGAUGCAAUGGCCUUACCUUUUUCAUUGUUCCAGAUGGAGUGCACGCAAUUCAUGCGCACACGCCGGAAAGCCCCAGCGCCGUCGAGGCCUUUGAGCGCCUGAGGCUCUACUACGCUGGUCCUGUCAGUUGGUUCUAUGUUCCUCUGGCAGCGGAUGAUGAGGUUCUUGAUAUUGGCCUCCGGCUCCGGCGACUUGCGCACAAUGGCACGACUCCUACUUUUCUGAUUCACCUACGAUCUGGACACUACGCCAUCGGACCGCACCUUGAAGGGGCAGUGUUCGAUGUGUUGCUUCAGACCCAUGGACGGCCUGUUCUGAUCUACGAACCAUGGUCAGAUAUCCAGCUUGUGCCUCAAAUCAAUCAGAUUGCAGUCUUUCCCCAGACAGGCAUCAAAGCUCAGUAUCGCUUCAUUCCUUCACGAGGAGCGCGUCCAAGUGAACCUUGCUGUCUCUCCACGGCCCCACUGGAAGGCGUGGAGUCAAUGGACGUGUUCCGCAGCGAGGCCAACGGGCCCUGCGUAGGUUUUAUUCUCACAUAUCGCGACGGGCGGCAGAGGUCUGUUGGCCAGUGCCGUUUGGGCCUGGAUGUUGUGUCCACUUACCGGAAACCAGUCAAGCUGUAUCAAUCUUUCCGUCCGAGCAAUAUAAGCUCGUAUACUAUGAGGAGAGGAGUAUUGGGAACACUUUAUGUUGACAUCGCAACUGAGGAACACCCUGACGUUGAGAGGGUUUAUCCGCAUGAUGUUGACAGGAGGCCUACGCAGUUCUGGGCUGCCUCUGAGAUGCAGGGGACUUUGAAGUUUUGGUUUCAGGCGGAAGGCUCUUUUCUCCGGAUUGAGACGCCUGAGGAAGCUGCACCUGAGGAGAUGCUCGAGUUUGAUCAGGAGUUUAUCGAUGGAAAGUGUGAGGUGCGGGAACUAGCAAAACAACAUAUGGAUGGUCUCCGGCUGGAAAUGCAUGGACGAGUCAUAUCUUUCUAA